UCGUGCUUCGGAGUGAAGUACGAUUACGCAAAACUGUCUACUACUCUCUGAACCACCAUCACCGGCACGCGUGGAAGCGAUCGCGUCUUGGGCAGAAUAACAUAUAUAACAAGUGCUCGAAUUCCUAAAACAAUGGCUGACAAUGAGAUAGAUCUAUCACCUGCAAAGGACAAAGGUGUAUUGAAGGAAAUUAUCAAAGAAGGGAAAGGUGAUGAGACUCCUUCGCCAGGUUGCAAAGUCAAAGUUCAUUAUACCGGUACCUUAUUGGAUGGAACCAAAUUCGAUUCCAGUAGGGACAGACAGAAACCAUUUAAAUUUGAUCUUGGGCGUAAUAGCGUUAUCAAAGCAUGGGAAAUUGGUGUAGCUAGCAUGAAAAAGGGUGAAGUCGCUAUGCUGACAUGUGCACCUGAAUAUGCCUAUGGCCAGAAUGGUAGCCCACCAUCAAUCCCACCUGAUGCUACCCUGAAAUUUGAAAUUGAACUGCUUGAUUGGCAAGGAGAAGAUCUAAGUCCAAAUAAGGAUAGAAGCAUUGAAAGAUUCAUAAUUAAUAAUGCUGAAAAGCAAUUUUCUAAUCCAGAAGAUGGUGGCCAAGUGAACAUACAUUUGGUUGGAAAGUAUAAUGGACAAGUAUUUGAAGAGAGAGAUGUAGAAUUUACUCUUGGAGAGGGUGAAGAUGUAGGAGUUGUGGAGGGUAUAGAAAUAGCGUUGCCACAUUUUGUGAGUGGGCAAAUAUGUAGACUUUUAAUUAAAAGUAAAUACGCAUUUAAGGAACAAGGAAAGUCUGAGUAUAAUAUUCCACCGAAUGCAGAUGUGGAAUAUGAAGUAGAAUUAAAGAGCUUUGAAAAGAAGACAGCAACAUGGUCAAUGAAGCCAGAAGAUAAGAUAGAACAAGCAAAGAUACAGAAAGAAAAGGGAACAAGAUAUUUAACAUCUGAUAAAAUCAAUUUAGCUAUUAAAGUAUAUAAGAAAGUUUUCACGCUUUUAAACGAUGAUUCGGAUUUCGAGAAUUUCAAGGAAAACAAGGACAGCCUUACAUUAGCGACUCACUUAAAUCUCGCUUUAUGUUAUUUAAAAACCGAUGAGAACCUUUUGGCAAAAGAAGAGUGUACUAAAGCCUUAGAAUUGGAUCCUGAGAAUGAGAAGGCCUUGUUUAGAAGAGGACAAGCACAUCUUAAGCUUGCAUCACCUGAAGUUGCUAUCCUAGAUUUUCAACAGGUUCUAAAAGUACAGCCAAAAAAUACGGCCGCGUCUAAACAAAUCUCAGUUUGUAAUUAUCUUAUUAAGAAGCAAUUAGCUAAAGAGAAGAAACUUUAUGCGAACAUGUUUGAUAAGUUUGCACAAGAGGAUAAACAGAAGGAGGAGCAAAAACUAAAGGAACAACCGGAUGUGAUGCAUGGGACUCUAGGAGAAUGGGGACAGGAGGAAAGACCCGGAGGUAGAGACGCGACUGCCUUUGAGAAGGAAAAUCCUAACAUACUCAUGCUCAACGCUAAUGGUUCCGGUGAAUUCAAAAACAUGUAAACAAUGGCCUUUUUUUCUUCUUUCUUUACACUGCCUUGUGUAACUGCCAGUGAAUUGAUAUUUCAUCAAAUUUUAUUUUCGGUAUUUUUUAAAUAUUACUAUUUUUUACAAAAGUUGAAUUGUAAUUUAUGGAUUAUACUGAGACUUUGCCAAAUUUGUAAACAAUUCUCUUUUUAUCACAUUAUAUGAUCUAUACAAGUUACGAAUUAUAUCUUUUUAUCCAUGCAUCAAUUAUAUGCAUCAAAAAAUGUUAAGAGCACAUUUUCUUUCUUUCAAAGAAUAGGUAAAGAAUAGAAUAUUUCUUAAAAAAUCAUCGUAUUAGUAGAACAUAAUUUUAUAUAUGUAUAAGAUAUAAUACACAAACUGGAGUACAAAAGACAUGCUUAUAUCAUGCCUUGUACUCCAGUUUGUAUAUUAUCACAUUUCGAAUUUGUGCAAAAUUGUGCAACAAUUAUGUGAAAUUAUAUUUCAAAUUAUGCUAUUUCAUUGUAUGAUGUCACACACUGUUGAAACUUAUUUUAAUAUUAAUCAUCAAUUAUGAACACUGUAAUAAUAUCUAUAAAGACAAGUUAUAUGAAUUUAAUAUUUAUUAGAAUUUAGUAUUCAUAUCAUUAUAUAUAAAAACAAUCUCAGUGAAUAAAAAUGCGCCUGGAAUUAUAA